AUGGCCAGGUGCUUUAAAAUACCUAUCACUUUAGUGGGGAUUGUGCUAUGGGUGGCACUUGUCUCACUCUAUAAUUACCAGUUGGUGGGCUCCGACACCCCUGGGUGCCGCCCCGUCCGAAUGGGGCCCAGCUACGCCCGUAUCUUGGGAUUCGAUCUUCUGUACACCCAGUACGCAUCAAAGUACUCGUUGUAUUUGUACCGAGAACAAGGUAAAGACUUGCGGCCCAAGGCCUCCAACAACUACCGCUUGGACGGAACACCGGUACUUUUCAUCCCUGGGAAUGCCGGCAGCUACCGACAGGUACGGUCCAUUGCAUCCAAAACUUCAAAUAUAAUCGCCGACAAACAAUACGACGGCUUCAACUCCAAGCAUGGCAAACUCGAUUUUUUCACCGCCGACUUCAACGAAGACUUCACCGCUUUCCAUGGUAGAACCAUGUUGGACCAGGCCGAAUACCUCAACGAGGCUAUUAAAUUCAUACUAAGUCUAUAUUCUCAAGACGAGGUUCCUCCCAAGUCGGUUAUAAUAAUAGGCCAUUCUAUGGGCGGUAUCGUGGCCCGCGUGCUACCGACACUCCCCAACUAUCAGGAAGACUCCAUAAAGGUGAUGAUUACUCUCUCAUCGCCACACUCCAAGUCUCCGUUGACCUUUGAUAGAGAUAUCAUGAAGGUUUACAGAGCCGUGAAUGAGUUUUGGCACGAGGCAUACUACGGCAACAGCGAGUUGUCAGAUGUCGCCAGUGCUCGUUUACGAGAUGUUUCGAUCUUGUCCAUUACAGGGGGCUCGUCGGAUAUGACUUUGCCCGCAGACUACACCACCAUGAAGGGCUUGGUACCCGAUUCCAACGGGUUCACGGUAUUUUCCACGGGGAUUCCUGGAGUUUGGACCCCGAUUGACCACUUGGCAAUCGUUUGGUGUGACCAGCUACGAACGGUGUUGCUGAACGCGUUGUUGGAUAUCAUGGAUGUCGGCAGCAGUGAGAAGGUUGUGGGUUUGGAUGAAAGAAUGCAGUUGCUCAAGAACCGGUUUCUUGCUGGGUUCGAGAAAGCAGACCUGGACGAGGUUCUUAGUUCAGUGACCUUGAAGCUCGACAAAGCCAAUGUUCACCAACAAGCUUCCAAAUCCGUGAUCAAGACGUCGGUGUCUGUCUCUAGUGUGUUCAAAAUUGGUGCCAACGAGACGUUUCUGCUCUUGAGCCUUGAAAAACCUUUGGACUCGUGCGUUUACUUGUGCAGUGAUAGCAUCAGGCCCGAAACCAUCCAUGAUAUGACUGACGAAAGUACCAGUGAAUUUGUCUCAUUCUCGUGCCAUGACUAUAGCUCCAUGGUAAACAUGAUACCAAAAUCCAACGAUGUGGAGUCGAUAAAAGAUUCAAGCAUAAGGGACAAGACCUCACCGUACUAUGGUCUUCGAUUGGAUCCUGAUGUUGUCAAUGAAUACAGCCAUUUGGUCGUCACGGGUCUUGAUUCGCUUGUUGAGUUGAAGGAGCUGCCACUAGUGGAAGUGAGGCCAGGCUGGUUGGGUAGUCUGUUUAAAGUUCCCUCGGGGUUGAGAACAACCGUCAGAUUAAAGGGAGUACGAAGCAGCCUCAUGUCGUAUGAUGUGAGUUACAAGAAGUUGGACUUUAAUCCAAUCAUAAGGCAGUUCAUCAAUGAAGAGACUAAAUGGCAUAUCGACAAUGAAUUUAAUUUAAAUUUCCAUGGCCAAGCCCCAUACUUACCUCCUGUGGGUGAAGACUUACAGCUAGAGGUCUGGACUGGACAUGUCGGGGACCAAACCCCUCUUACUGUACACAUCAAACCCAAUUUUCUCGUGAGACUCAAGUUGCUUAUCAUCAGAUACAGAAUCACCAUUUUGAGCUAUGGGUUGAUCGUAAACUUGCUUGUGUUUGCAUUCCAGCUCAAGGAGUAUGAAAAGACAAACAAGUUUCCCACCUAUCAAAAGACCCUUGACAAGUUGUUGACUCUGGAGUGUCUCCGUGACCUAGUAUGUAUUUUACUGGUGCUAAUCAGGUCAGCGGACGUACUGAGUAUUGUAAGGAAAAUUAUUGCAUUUGUUCAUCUCGAGGUCACUGAGGUCAACGGGUUGGGCGUUUCUGGCUCCUUCUUCUUGCACCUCAUGUUUUUGACUUUGAGUGUCUGCAUUAAUGUGUUAAUAAACCUUCUUGUUACCAGUUUCCUUAAACUGGGAGGACUAAUCAAGUUGCCCAAGCCGAACCUAAAGGUGAAAAAUAUUGUGCUUGCUUUGAUGGUUCUCCUCACAAUCGUCUACUUGCCCUACCAAGUGAUAUAUGUGGUACUUACAGUGACACAACUACUCAAGACUCUCGGGUUGAAAAAUAAUAAUGAAAUUAACUAUAAUGUGAUAAUGUUCAUGAUGAUGAUCUGGAUCCUUCCCAUCAACGUACCGAUUAUUGUGGUGCUUGUACACAAUCUAACUGUUAAUUGGAAAACACUGUUCAGCUCUCAUCAUAAUAUUCUUUCGAUUGUUCCCAUCAUCUAUUUGGUCAACUACAAAAACAUUAUCCGGCUUAAAUACACCAAUGUGAUUAUUGUGUACUUGGCAUACUUUAUGAGUUAUUGUUUCUUCUACGGAAGCAUAAACACGUUCUGGUUAUAUCAGCUUUUUAACUACAUGUGCAUUUUAUUAAUAGUUGUUGACAACGAGUGGAUCCACCGGGACAUCAAAUAG